CGAGUGAUGAAAGUAUUUUAAGCUGCGGUGACAGAAGCUUUAAGCCAUAACCCGCUGGAGAUCCCAAUUUAGGCAGCCAACCAAGGACAAUCAACACGUUUCCCUGUUGUCAGCUUAUAACAACGAAGCAGAGAGCAGCUUACGGAUUUUAUUGAGCGCGGAGUUGAGGUGAACAUGUACAACCGAAGAAGUAUGAAUCUUAGUGACAGUGAAACAGAGAACUCAGAGGGUUAUGUCAACAAAGAUUGCGACAGAGGCGCUGCGGAAAGGUCUACGGGGAGCGAGCGAAGAGACGGUUUGCCUCGAACCAUCAGAAGAAAAAACUCAAAGGUCUUGACUCCCGAAGUUCUUGAUCUUUGCGCGAAGGAAAUUCAACAGGAAAGUUUGUUCAAAAAGAGAUAUGAACAGGCAGCCUUGUAUGUGUAUGGAACAAACCCAGGUCAGCACUGUGGCUUGGAGAGUGCAGUUUUUUCAAGUCAGCCGGAUGGAAACGUCUUUAAAAUGCCUUAUCUUACGGAUCCUUGCUUCAGUAGCUUCGGAUAUCUCAGAUAGAACUAAAGAAGAAGACCUCAAGCUGUUGAGUCAAUUAUCUAAUAACGGGGC